AUGGUAUGUCGUCGUUCAUUGGACAAGGGUAUUGAGCUGCCUUCAAUCCAAUCACCAAUGCCAAAACCAUCACCAACUUCGUCUGCAAACACUGGGAGUGGCUAUAUAAUAGAUGCAACAUCAAGUGAUGCUGAUGAGUAUGAAAUUGCACCAGAAUUUCCACUAGGAAAUAGUGGUUUGUUGGAAGACCUAGUGGAGGAAUCUCAAGCUUUGACUCAGGUUGAGAAAUCAAGGAAAAAGAAAUCUCCGACAGACAAUGAAGUUAAAAUGAAAUGUGUAUCGGAAGAGACGGUGGAAAAUCUUUGGGAGAGUUCAAUCUUUGCUCCUUCAUCCAUCGGUGAGUUUCUCAUUGUCUAA